AACCGGGGUGGUGUGGGGGGUGAAAACGGACGGGGGAGGGAAUCCAGGCGGACGGACGGACGGGGGAGGAGAAUGUCUGGUUCCGGUCUUCAUGCUCUGUCCCGUGGCUGCGUGCGUACGUGCUGAGCUGCGAGAUGCGCCGGCAACCCAAAAAGCCUCGCUCGCCCUUUUGAUUCCCCCACGCCAAUGCCUUUGCUGCUCCCUGCUCUGCUCCCCUCCGCUCACCGUGAGAGCCUGGGAUAGCUUCUCUUCUCGCCCCGCCGUUCCGUUUCGACUUAAAGCUCCUCCCGUGGAAGCUCGCCCGCUCGUCUUGGUAGGAGGCGCGGGCCGCGUGACGGUGAGCUAUCGCACGCACGCCUGCUCUGCUCCGCUGCUGCUGCGGAGGAGGAGCAGGGCGACGUUUUCGCCGUUUCCGUCUUCUUCCUCAGGUAUAAUUUUGGCACCCUGCAGAGCUCCUCGCCCCUCUCCUGCGAAAUCUCCGAGCCCUCUUCGUUGCACUGAGCUUGCUCGUUUCCGUUUCUCUGUCCUCUUUCGGCUGUAAUCAACCCCCCCCCCCCCCCCCCCCCCCUGUUGAUAAGCAUAAGCAAGAACCAUGCAGAAAAUGGCAUCUUGAUAGACCACUCUUUGAUCCUAUUACUCGAGCAUUUCCCGUUGAGCGAUUUCUUCUCUCCUCCCCGCUGCCAAAUCGGUUCUUUGGUCCAAUGGCGCCGGGAGCCGGGACGGCGGCGGCGGCCAAGAACCCUACCAAAACCCUCGCCGCCACCCUCCUCCUCGUCCUCCUGCUCGCCGACCUCCCGCUCUGCGCCUCCCAGCCGCCGCUGCACUCCCAGCCCCUGCCCGCCACGCAGUCCCCGGCCGCGCCCCUGCCGCCGCCGCAGCCCAGGGCCCCCCACGCGCGGGCCGGCGGCGCCGCCCGCCUCCGCCGCAUCGCGCUCGGGGUCCUCCUCGGCUCGCUCGCCGGCUUCCUCCUCUCCCUCGCCUUCCUCUACGCCAUCCGCGUCGCCGUGCUCCAUGCCGGGAACGCGCCGGCCGUCGCCCGGGGCCCCGUCUCCUUCACGCCGCAAAUCUCGCCCAAGAGCCUCCAGUGCGCGCUCCCCUCCGCGCGCCCGCUCGCGCGCGGGCCCCGCGGGACGUACCACAAGCUCGACCUCGACGGCGACGUCACCGUCGCCGUCAAGGUGCUCGACCUUGCCGCCGCCAGCCGCGCCUCGCCCUCGCCCUCGCCCUCGCCCUCGCCCUCGCGGCCGGCGAGCGGCUCCAAGUCCGACAUGCGGAGGGUGCAGCGGCAGCUGGAGCUGCUCGCCCGGGUGCGGCACCUCAACGUGAUGAGCCUCAAGGCCUACGUCCGCGACGCCGACCGGCUCUCGCUCGUCUACGACUUCGUCCCUGGGGGCAGCCUCGAGGACGUGAUGAAGAGGGUGAGGUCGCAGCAGGUGAGCCUCAGCUGGGACACCAGGAACAGGAUUGCGGCCGGGGUGGCCAAGGGACUGCGCCACCUGCACUUCGAGUGCAACCCCAGGAUACUGCAUUGCAACCUCAAGCCGUCGAAUGUGAUGCUGGAGGAAGGCUUCGAACCGGUGCUGGCGGAUUGCGGGGUUGCGAGGCUGCUCGAUUCGGGUUCGCCUGAUCCGGAGUCGUCCGGUAGCCUCUACACUGCUCCAGAGUGCUACCAAAGUAGCAGGUACACAGAUAAGUGCGACGUCUAUGCUUUCGGCAUGAUCCUCGGCGUUCUGCUCACCGGGAAAGACCCCGCAGACCUGUUUUUCUCAGGAGAAAGUGGACGGGGCAGCCUGGCACGAUGGCUCCGUCACAUGCAGCAUUCCGGCGACAUGAAAGAAGCGCUGGACAGCAGCAUUGUAGGGGAGGAGGUCGACGAGGAGGAGAUGGUGAUGGCCGUCAGGGUCGCCAUCGUGUGCCUCUCGGAGCUGCCAGCCGAUCGGCCAUCCAGCGACGAACUCGUAGCCAUGCUCGCCCAGCUCCACAGCUUCUAACUGCCAUCGUCGUUGCUGGAAAUUUCUGAACUUCAGAACACCCGUAUGAUAUUCCAUCUCGCGAGUCGCGAGACGACGCCGAGUGGCGCAGGAUCAUCAACCGCCGAAUUCAGUGUCCUGAGCUGAAUUCAGAUGGGAGCCAGCAAUGUAGAGGCCAAGCGAAACAAGUGUGGCAAAAUAGCUGCCCAUCAGCUUCAUGGCGCAUGCUGGUGGUUGAAUGAGCUUCAUGUAAGAUGAUGAUGGUGAUGUUCUGGCCAUGGAUGAGCCUGGGGACAACAAAUGUGCAUAUAUGUAGUAGUAUGUGUUCUGUA